AUGUCAAACUAUACAUUAGAAAGAGCAUGCAGUCCUUCACGCUAUGAUCCUAAUUUAGCAGUUAAUUUAGAAGUUUGCGAGACUAUAAAUAAAAAACAAGGAAGUGCUCCUCGUAUAGCAGCUCAAGCUAUUGUACGACUUGUAAAUAGUACAAAGAUGAAUCAAGCUAUGUUGGCUCUAACAUUACUUGAUAAUUGUGUUAAAAAUUGUGGAUACCCAUUUCAUUUACAAAUUGCUUCUAAAGAAUUUUUGAAUGCACUUGUACGUCGAUUCCCUGAACGACCACCUGCAAGAUAUGCCCCUAAUCCAGUUCAAUCAGCACCUGAGAAUCAAUGGAAUCAUUUUGACUAUGUUCCACCUCAACAAUUUAUGGCAAAUCCUGUGAUUGAUCGUAUUUUGUAUUUAAUCAAAGAAUGGAAAGUAGCCUUAGCUGAAUUAUCUCGUUAUAAAGAAGAUAUGAUUCAUAUAAAAGAUAUGUAUCGAUUAUUAAAAUUCAAAGGAUAUCAAUUUCCUGAACUUCGUGAAUCUUCUAUUGCUGCUUUAGCACCAGUUGAUACACUUAAAUCAGCACAAGAAUUAGAGGAAGAAGAUAGAAUUGCAAAGGGAGCUAAAUUGCAAGAAUUAAUUAGAAGAGGUAGACCUCAAGAUCUUGUAGAAGCAAAUAAAUUAAUGAAAAUAAUGACAGGUUAUGAUAAAAAGCAUCAAGUCAAUUUUAAAGAAAAAUUCUCAGAAGAAUUACAUAAAAUACAAAAUAAAGCACGUCUAUUAUAUGAAAUGUUGGAUAAUUUAAAGGAAGGAGAUGUGAUUGAAGAAGAAGGAACGAUGGAAGAAUUAAAAAUAGCCUGUGAUAGUGCUUUACCAAAGAUUAAACAGAUGUUAAAAGAGGAAGAAGAUACAGAAAAGAUUGAAGAACUAAAUGAAGUCAAGUCCAUUUUAAAGGGAGUUAUUUUAAAAUAUCGAGAUAUAAAGAAUGGACGUUAUGAUAGUGUAUAUGAUAUAAGUGGGAAAUAUAAAAGUGAAACAUCUUCAAGUGAUUCUACUACUGUACAUCAGCAGCCUAUUAGUUUAAUUGAUUUGGAUGAUGAUGAUGCUGCUGCUGCUACUGCUACUACUACUCAACAAGAUUCCAAUUCUUCAUCACCUACUAUAACCAAUAUACAAAAGAAUCCUUUGGAUGAACUUGUUGAUAUCUUUGGUGAUAAAACAGCUCUUACUUCUACUAAGCAUAGUUUGUCAACCAAUUUGAUAUUUCAACCCAAUCACUCUUCUCUUGAUCAACAAGAAAAAGUAUUAAAGACAAUUGAUCUGAUUAAUAAGAAUGGUCUUAUCAUUCAAUUAGAUGUUUAUUCUAUGGAUAAAACAUGGAAAAUGAAGGCAUAUUAUUCUAAUAAAUCAACAGCACCUAUGGAUAAAAUGACUCUAUUACUAGCUGCUCCAAAGUCAAUGCAUUUGAAAAUGGGACCUGUUUCAUCUAGUUCCGUACCUCCUAAAUCAAUGAAGACAGUGACUCAAUCUGUUGCUAUAGAUAACCCUAAUAAGGAACAUGUACGUCUUCGUUAUAAAGUAACUUAUGAACAAUUUGGAUAUUUCACAAUCAAAAUGCUUACGUCUCUUUUAAGAAGAACUUCAAAUAAUAUUCAAAGAACUACAUUUAUUGCCCGUAUGAAUUUCAGUACACAAUUCCCCGCUUUACAAAGAGUGUCAGGUGUUGAAACUGUCAAGAACUAUAUCAAUGGUCAAUUUGUUGAAUCAAAGACUGAUAAAUGGAUUGAACUUCGUAAUCCCGCUACUCAAGAAUUAAUUGGUUAUGUUCCUGAAACAACACCUGAAGAGUUACAAGAAGCAACAAAAUCGGCUGCAGCUGCUGCUCGUGAAUGGAAAAAAUCAACUGUUUUAGCUCGUCAAAAGGUCAUGAUGGAUUUACAAUAUCUUAUUCGUAAAAAUCAAGAUGCAAUUGCAGAAAAUAUUGUUCAAGAACAAGGUAAAACAUUUGCUGAUGCCAAGGGAGAUGUAUUCCGUGGUCUUCAAGUGGUUGAACAAGCAUGUGGUCUAACUCAGAUGUUAAUGGGUGAAAAAUUAACAGUUGCAAAAGAUAUGGAAACAUAUAUGUAUCGUGAACCUUUAGGCGUUGUGGCUGGUAUCUGCCCUUUUAAUUUCCCUGCCAUGAUUCCACUUUGGAUGUUCCCAUUGGCUAUUGCCGCUGGUAAUUCAAUUAUUAUGAAACCUUCUGAACGUGAUCCAGGUGCGUUAAUGAUGUUGGCCAAAUUAGCUGCUGAAGCAGGUGUCCCUGAUGGUGUUUUGAAUAUCGUUCAUGGUUCUGUUGAUUGUGUUAACUAUAUUUGUGAUGAACCUGAAAUCAAGGCUAUUUCAUUUGUUGGUUCUGAUCGUGCUGGUGAACAUAUUUAUACACGUGGUAAUGCAAAUGGUAAACGAGUUCAAGCUAAUUUAGGAGCCAAGAAUCAUGCUGUUCUUUUACCGGAUGCAAAUAAACAAGCUUCCUUGAACUCCAUUGCAGGUGCUGCCUUUGGAGCUGCAGGUCAACGUUGUAUGGCCUUGAGUACAUUAAUCUGUGUAGGUGAAGCCAAAGAUUGGUUACCAGAGCUAGCAGAACGUGCACGUCAGUUGAAGGUGGGUUAUGGUAUGGAUCCCGACACAGACGUAGGUCCUCUGAUCACCGUUCAAUCCAAGGAACGUGUUGAACGUUUGAUUCAAGGCGGUGUUCAUGAAGGUGCUGAUUUACUUCUUGAUGGUCGUGGCGUGGUUGUGAAGGGUUAUGAAAAGGGUAACUUUGUAGGACCUACUAUCUUGACGAAUGUGAAGACAGAUAUGGAAUGCUAUCGUGAAGAAAUCUUUGGUCCCGUCUUGGUCUGUCUUAAUGUGGAUACCUUGGAUGAAGCGAUUGAAUUGAUCAAUAAGAAUCCCUAUGGUAACGGUACAGCUGUCUUUACUAAUUCAGGUCCAAUUGCACGUAAAUUUGAACAUGAAAUUGAUGUGGGUCAAGUCGGUAUCAAUGUUCCUAUUCCUGUUCCUGUUCCUCCCUUCUCUUUCACCGGCAGUCGUGGUUCCAUCUUGGGUGACAUGAACUUUUAUGGUAAGAGUGGUCUCUUAUUCUAUACUAAGCCAAAGACUGUUACUGCUUUAUGGAAAGAAAGUGAUGCUCAGCAUACCCGUGCUUCUGUCUCUAUGCCCACCAUGAACUAA